UGUGAAAUAAAUAAUAAUAAAGUUGACAAGAAUAGUUCCUGCUGUGAAUUGCAUAAUAUUCAGAUUUUAAAUAUAUUUUCUGUGGAAUAUACGUGAUUUUAGAUUCCUAUUUUGGCUGCUGACGUGCAACAAAAAACAAACUUGGCUGAGUUAGCAUAAAAUGAUAAAUGUUGCUAUUUUAAAGCAAAAGCAUUUGUUAGACAUUCGGUAAAUACAAGAAUUAGAAUCAGUAGUAAAAGAUAUUUCAACAAAGAUGGUGGUGCCCGGUUUGGGAGCAACUUCAGUAUUAACUUCACUUGGUCUUUUUGGAUCAGGAAUAUGGAUGAUUCCAUUACUUUUAAGCACAUAUUAUCGAUAUGAUCGUGUAGAUCCGGAAUCAAAGCCGAUAGAUCAGCAAAAUUUACUACCCGAAUAUGAUUUUAUAAUCAUUGGAGGUGGUUCAGCGGGAGCUGUUGUAGCUAAUAGAUUAACGGAGAAUCCAAAACAUAGUGUUUUAUUAAUAGAAGCAGGACCUGAUGAAAAUGAAGUCACCGAUGUUCCUUCCUUUUCAGCAUAUUUACAAUUAAGUAACUUUGAUUAUGCUUAUAAAACUACUCCACAAAGUCGCGCAUGUCUAGGUAUGGUUAAUAACCGUUGCAAUUGGCCGAGAGGAAAAGUCCUUGGUGGUAGUAGUGUAUUGAACUAUAUGGUUUAUGUGAGAGGAAAUAAGAACGAUUUUGAUCAUUGGGGAAAUUUGGGAAAUCCUGGCUGGGAUUAUAAAAGCGUUUUACCAUAUUUCCUCAAAUCUGAAGAUAAUCGUAAUCCAUAUCUUGCACGUUCACCAUAUCAUGCAACUGGUGGAUAUUUGACAGUACAAGAAGCUCCUUGGCAUACACCUUUAGUUGCAGCUUUCGUCGAAGCCGGUACUGAACUUGGAUACGAAAACCGUGACAUUAAUUCUGAUAAGCAAUCAGGUUAUAUGAUUGCACAAGGAACAAUUCGUCGAGGAAGUAGAUGCUCAACAGGAAAAGCAUUUGUUCGUCCAAUUCGUUUACGACCCAAUUUUCAUCUAGCAUUAAAUGCAUUUGUUACGAAAAUCGAGAUAGAUCCAACAACAAAACGAGCUUGGGGCGUUGAAUUUGUUCGUCACAAUCGAAAACAAGUUAUUAGAGCAAGACGUGAAGUAAUUUUGUCAGCCGGCGCAUUAAACAGCCCACAGAUUUUGAUGUUAUCGGGUAUUGGCCCGCGCGAUCAUUUACAAGCAAUGGGAAUUCCAAUUAUUAAGGAUCUACCAGUAGGAAAUAACUUAAUGGAUCACCUUGGUUUUGGUGGAUUAACCUUUAUUGUUGAUAAACCAGUAGCUAUUCUUCAGAACAAACUACCAGCUGCAGCAGCAACAACGGCUUAUGUUCUUAACGAAAGUGGUAAUGGCGGAUUGGAAGGAAUUGCAUUUGUCAAUACAAUUUAUGCAAAUCAAACAUUGGAUUGGCCGGAUAUACAAUUUCAUAUGGCACCGGCUUCUAUUAAUUCAGAUGGCGGAGCACAAGUAUGGAAGAUAUUAGGACUUAAACCAGAAGUGUACAAAGAGAUGUGGGCACCACUUCAUGAUACAUAUACAUGGACGAUCAUGCCACUGCUUUUGAGACCGAAAUCUCGUGGAUGGGUUAGACUGCAAUCAAAAAAUCCGUUUGUACCUCCACUUAUGAAUCCAAAUUACUUUGAUGAUCCUUUGGAUAUGUUAACAAUGAUUGAUGGUGCAAAAAUUGCGCUCAGAACGGCUGCAGCAAAGGUUUUUAAGCAAUUCGGAACUCGAUUGUAUCAGAAGCCUUUACCACCAUGUAAACAUUUACCGUUCUUAUCAGACGAGUAUUUAGAGUGCGGUAUAAGAACAGUAUCUAUGACAAUUUAUCAUCAAUCUGGAACCGCAAAAAUGGGUCCACCAUCUGAUCCCGAAGCCGUAGUUGAUCCUCGUUUAAGAGUUUACGGAAUUAAGGGGCUUCGUGUUAUUGAUGCAAGUAUAAUGCCGCAAGUAGUAAGUGGCAAUACAAAUGCAGCCGUUAUUAUGAUUGGUGAGAAAGGAGCAGACUUAGUCAAAGAAGACUGGCGAUAAUCGAACUGAUGCAUAAUUUAUUUAUAAAAAAACUCCAUCAAUGACUUAAUCAAAUUUAAUUAUUUUUUGCAUGAAUGAAUGUUGAGCAUGGUUGUGCCAUUAAAAUGGUGUGCAUCUCCCUCGUUAUUUAAUUAUAUAAUUCUUUUGACAUAAGUUUGUAUUAUCAUUUUGUAUUUGUUGCAUGCUUUUACUCAAAAAAAAAAAACAACGAAAUCUUGUCAUUUCUCAUUAGGUUAUCGAUAUAUUAAAUUGUAUGUAUAUUAUUAUUAUAUGCUAGCGCGUAGUCAUUUCAUUAUUAAGUUGAAAAAAUAUUUUUUUCAUUGCUAGUG